AUGAAACUCUACAGUCUGAUCCGCCUUGUAUAAGGCUCAGAAGAAAAGGCCAACCUGCUGAAGGCGGUGUAUGAUCUGUCAUCAUUCAGUUUCUUCCAGAGAUCAGUUUACAGGAGUUUAUGGCCGCUCACCAGUGCACUGAUUGUUGAGCGCUCAGCAUUAGGAAGCCGUCGCGGCUCAUCAAAGAAACAAGGUCAUGAGUACUUGUGUCACGUGUACGUGCGAAAUGACAAUCUUGGUGGUGUUGUGAUCGCAGACAGUGAAUAUCCCUCAGUCUGCUUCACUUUACUUGAUAAGGUGCUGGAUGAGUUCUCCAGACAGGUCAACAGUGUAGACUGGCCUUGUUCUCCUGCCACCAUUCAGUACACAGCGACUACCAGCCAUCUGGCUAAAUACCAGAAUCCACGUAGGCUGGACGCUAUGACCCAAAGCGCAAGAGAACUGGAUGAAAAACCAAAAUUAUUUUUGCACAACACAAUGGAGUCACUUCUGGAGAGAGGAGAGAAGCUGGAUGAUUUAGUUCAGAAAUCUGAGCAUCUGGGAAACCAAUCAAAAGCCUUUUAUAAAACGGCACGCAAGCAGAACUCGUGCUGCGAGAUCAUGUGAUUGGACUGAACUGGGCUACAGAU